AUGGCGACAAACCGCUCACUCACUCGCAAUGUCACGUUUUAUAAUCCUACCCAUCCAGAUGUGGCCCUUGGAGGACUGGUCCAGAAUGGGUCCAUAACUGAGGCAAACUUUCUUGACAUUCUUGGAAUCUUGCUUCUCACUGGGGCGAGUCCCAUACGUGUUCAAGAGAGGAUGUCGAGCCACAUCCUAUCCAGAAUAGAGACGCCUCUCCAAACAGGAGUCUACCAUAUUUACUGCGAUGGUAUGUGCUCUAUCCCCCCCACCCACCCGGCGACCAAGUUUCUAAUUCUAAUAGCCGCUAUCCAAGUUAGCGAUGAGCCUUGGACACCCAGGUUGAUUGCUCCUGAAGUCACUGGCAGAGAUAGUAGUUUCCUUAAUAUUGUCUGGAACCGCGACCGGAAAUGUGUUAUUUCCAGAAUUUCAAUUCCCGAAACCUCGAUCCGGUCCAAUAACUGGACCACGUUCGAAGCUACCCAUAUCUUCCCUCCUGAACAUGAACCACUUUGGAUUCAGAACAAUUAUGGACGAUGGAUGGUGCACAAGGAUGACGCUACCGAAUCCUCCAAGAUCGGCUUGCCUCAAAAUGGGUUUCUUCUACGGUCCCAUCUCCGUCAAUUGUUUGAUGCAUACCUUAUUUCUAUUAACCCGGACGACGGUUAUAAGGUUAUCGUGCUCGACCUCGAUAUAGAUGGCUACGAUGGCAGAAUCCUUGAUCCUGCAUGCCGAAACCCAGCUGACCCCUACCGUGUGUCCGAUCAGCUUCUAAGGUGGCAUUUCCGCCAAUCCAUCCUCGCGAAUGUCAGGGGAGCGGGUGAACCGAUCUUCGAGCACGACUUCCCCCCAGGGACUGACAUUGUGGGUGAGAUCCAUGCUGGUCCUUAUACACAAGAGAGAUUCAAGUUGGAGAUAGCCGCUAGGCUGAAA